UCAACAACAGUUCAGUUCAACAUGGCGACGGCUACGUCUGUUUUCCACAGAGUGAGAACUGGGUCGAAAAUAGGCGCCCAGUAUGACCAAGAAGGCAAUCUUAUUCAGGUGGAGACCAGAGAGGAUGAAGAGCAGAGCGUCAAGCUGGCUGAGAUCCUGGAGCUCCUGCUGGCGGCUGGGUACUUCAGAGCCAGGAUCAAAGGACUGUCACCUUUUGAUAAGGUGGUCGGGGGUAUGACCUGGUGCAUCACCACAUGUAACUUUGACAUUGACGUGGAUCUUCUUUUCCAAGAAAACUCAACCAUUGGCCAGAAGAUAGCCCUGACAGAGAAAAUAGUUUCUGUUCUACCGAAGAUGAAGUGUCCUCAUCGCCUGGAGCCCCAUCAAAUCCAGGGACUGGAUUUCAUCCACAUUUUUCCAGUGAUACAAUGGCUGGUGAAGCGAGCCAUAGAAACGAGGGAAGAGAUGGGUGACUACGUGAGAGCGUACUCCAUUUCUCAGUUCCAGAAGACCCACAGCCUCCCAGAGGAUGACGAGUUUCUCCAGAGGAAAGACAAGGCUGUGAAAGCAGUGCUGGAUGUACUGCAAGUGUACAAACCACAGAGAAAGUACAGGAGGCAGAGGGAUGCAGGACAGCUGCUGGACGAGGAGUCCAGGGUUCACUCCACUCUGCUGGAAUAUGGCAGGCGAUAUGGAUUCAGCAAGCAGUCCAAACAAGACAAGGUGGACCAGGGGAAGGCUGUGCUGGCCAAUGGCUCUCAGGUGGCACCUCCUGGGAUGGCAGAGGUGUCAGAGGAAGAGGACCUGCAGGCAGCAGAGGAGAUGCGAAUCAAAACCCUGAUGACCAGUAUGGCUGCUAUGGCGAAUGAAGAGGGGAAGCUGACAGCGAGUGCAGUGGGUCAGAUCGUGGGACUGCAGUCUGAGGAGAUCAAGCAGAUCGCCUCCGAGUACGCGGAGAAGCAGUCGGAGCUGACCUCAGAGGAGCGUUCAGAGCGCUACGGCCCGCUGCAGCAGCACCGCAGGGCCGUCACCUCGCUCAGCAAGCAGAUCCAGCAGAAAACCAAACAGCUGGAGGAGCUGCAAGCCAAGCACGCUGAGGUGAAGACCGGCUGUGACGAGGCCAAGAGAAAACUGAUGGAGGCCACGGAGGACUCAGAGAAACUGGAGAAGGAGCUGAAGUCUUUAGAAGAGAUCGAGGAGCAGGCUGACAGUGGCUUGUUGGAGAAGCUGAGGGCUUUAGUAACAAUGAAUGAGAACCUGAAGCAGCAGGAGCAGGAGUUCCGCACACACUGCAGGGAAGAGAUGACCCGUCUGCAGCAGAACAUUGAGGAGUUGAAGAUGGCCUCGGGGCAGGAUACAGAGGAGGAGAGGGAGAGGAACCAGCUGAUAGACAAGCAGUACAACACAGACAGAGAGAAACUACAGAAGAUCCGUCUGCUCAUGGCUCGGAGGAACCGUGAGAUCGCCAUCCUGCAGAGGAAGAUCGACGAGGUGCCGAGCCGGGCCGAGUUGACCCAGUACCAGAAGAGGUUCAUCGAGCUCUACAGCCAAGUUUCUGCAACACACAAAGAGACUAAGCAGUUCUUCACUCUGUAUAACACAUUAGAUGACAAGAAAGUUUAUCUGGAGAAGGAGGUCAAUCUGCUGAAUUCCAUUCACGACAACUUCCAACAGGCCAUGUCAUCUACAGCAGCCAAGGACCAGUUCCUCAGACAGAUGGAGCAAAUAGUGGAGGGAAUCAAACAGAACCGCAUCAAGAUGGAGAAGAAGAAGCAGGAGAACAAAAUGAGGAGAGAUCAGCUGAACGACGAGUACCUGGAGCUGCUCGAUAAGCAGAGGCUCUACUUCAAAACGGUCAAGGACUUUAAAGAGGAGUGUCGAAAGAACGAAAUGCUGCUGUCCAAGCUGAGAGCUAAAGGAGCCUCUUAGUCCUCACACUGCUGCUGGUAAACUGUGAUGUGAAGAAAAGAGUCGUCUGUACGAGCUGAACUGAUCACACAUUAACUAUGUUUGGAUCUUUUUUUUUUUUUUUUUUUUUCAACAUUCCGCACUCUGUUUCAUCGUUGUAAACCACCACCUUAAGACCUGCAUCUGAAACCCUGUAAGAGGAGUGUGGGACAUUAUUCACGUGUGCCAAAUCCACCUGAUUAAAAAAAAAAACAAAAUGCCUUCAGAGGAUCACGUCAGAGGAAGCUCUUAAGUGUUUUUUUGUUUGACCUUCAGCUGUGGUGUGAUAAACAGCCUCUGUAACAACAACAGUCAUCACAAAUUAACUACCAAGUUCUUUGACAUCUAGUCGACCAGUUCAGAUUUCAGCCUCGUAACAAUCCUGUUGUUACGACCCAUGAAAAGUGCCUUAACAUGUGGUGUAUUCAUUCAUAUUACAUGAUAAGAUUUUUAUGUUUUACGUGCUGAUGUUUAGAAGUUUCCUGGUUCAGCUUUAAACGUGGCUCUUUGUGUGUAAUGAUGCUGUUCUUAGGUGCCUCUGAAGUCUAAGCUCACUUCAUGUCUUAUACUGUAUUUGCCUCCGUCACCAUCCUAUGACCAUGUACGUGCACAACUUAAUGAAUAAAAUAACCUUUCUAUUAA